GCCAUUGUGAAAAAAGUGAGUUCCCUACAGGCAGAUUGAAUGAUUUUAAGGUUUAAAUCAAACGGAAUACUAAGAUUAUUAAAUCCUUCAUGGUGACUAAGAAAUAACUCUGAUUUGCAGAAUGUUAUCAGCAGUGCCUUCACUAAAAGAGGAUGGCUGUGAUGGGAACAAGGGGAACAAGACAGAACACAACCCCUUUAAGAUGCCUGAUGAUGACAACAUCUUCCAGUUUAGAAAGACAGAGAAAACCCGCAGAAAACUAGAAUUCCAAAGAAAUCUGAGUCUGUCUGUCUAUGAGAAGAAGACCUACUCAGGCAGAAUAAAAGCAAGACAGUUAGAGCUCAGAAAAAAACUGAGAGAUGGCCUGGAUGAAGAGGAAGCCGGCAUCACAAAUCGCUCACAGAUUGAGGACCACCUUCCCCAAAAUGUCCCUUUAUCCAAAAUGAUCAUGAUUAAAGAUCGUAACAUUGAAAAAGAGAGCAUACGGGAGUUUAUUAACAAGAAACGAGAGAUGUUCUACAUGGAGUAUGCUCUGGCAGUAAAGAGAGAAGAGAUUGCACAGCUAGAGGAGCGGGCAAGUCAUGAAGAGAAAAAGUUGGCUAAAGCUGAAAAGCUCCUGGAGGAUGAUGCUGCUUUGUUUGACACAUUUCUAAAAGAAAAUGACAAGAACUCAGUGGAAGCCAUCCAGAUAGCUGAACAGGAGAGCAAAGCAAAACUGGAGAAGGUAGCUGAGAUCAAGAAGGUCACCUCUAAGAUGGUGGCCAUUAAAAGCAACAUUUCUAAACUUGAGGACACACUGCAGGAGUACAAACUCUACAGGGAGUUUUUGUUUAAGCUUUCUCCUCCAGAUUGGCAGGAGAAACAGAGAGCAAAGAAGAAGAGUAAGAAAACUAAACCCAUCUCUGCCAUCAAUAGAGAGCAUGCGGGAAAGAGCAGAGAGACAGACAGAGUCAAAAGGACUCAGCAAUCUGAUAGAUAUACAGGUAGAGAGAAGAGGAACCCUGUUUCACGUGAGCUGCUUCCUCUUCGUGAGGCCAGGGUUCCUUCUGGAGAGAGCGUGAAGUCAACUUCUCAGAGCGGCAAAAUAGGCUCUGCGUCUGACAGUGACAGCUCAGAAUAUGAGAUAGAGCCAGAGCUGUACUUCUCAAAACCUCAGCAGCUGCUGGACCUGCUCAGUGAACUGGAAGAACAGAACCUUUGUCUGAUACAAAACUCUCAGGAGACAGAGGAGAGACUGGAAGAGUUCAGACAGACCAUGGAACAGACUCGCAAGAAUAUUGAGAAAGAGGCCAACCACCUGAAGCAGCAGACUGAUGCCAUGACAAUGGCUCUUAAGAGAGAAAAAGAGAAAACUGCAGAACUGGAGCUCAGUACCAGGUUCUUUGACUUUGGAAAGAGCAAAGCAGAGGAGGAGAGCACUCUGAAUGCGCUGGGCCAGAAGGUAGAGGAGGUUUACCGAAACUGUAUUGGAGACAGUGAAGCCAACCUGAGCACGUUGCAGAUGCUGACGGCCAUAGAGAGGCGUCUGGGUGAUCUGCUGGAGUGCAUAGAGCUGAUUCCUGCUGACCGUCUCGCUAUGGCUGAGAAAGCCAAGGAAAAAGAAAGGAGAAUCAGACAACGAGAUGAGAAGCUUACUUUGCAGAAGCAGCACCAGGAAGAGAGAAUCAAGAAAGCCACUGAGAGAGCUCAAGCUGAGAUCAAGCAAACGACUGGAAAGAAGCUGAUGCCUCGUUCCCAGCCUCCUGUUCGUAAACUCAAGAAUAAAGAGAACAAGGAUAUCACAGACAAGGAGAAGGAGGAAUAUCUUUAUUUUUUCACUUAAAGCAUUUUCUGUUUACUAAUGAUUCCAUCAGCACUCCAAGUCAGGGACAGGUCAUUAUAUCCUUAUAUGUACACCUUGGAAAGACCCUAAACAGAGACUCCCUCCACAUGAACCAAUUUACAGAUCCUUGAGUGUCGGGAAGUUUCUGUGAGAAGAUGCAGAAGUGUAUAAUACAUUAUACAAUAAUGUGUCUAUUAGUGCUGCAAUGAUAGUAAUACAAAAUAAUGAGCAACAAUAAGUCAGGGACUUGUUUAUUGAUUCUUAAGAGACUUAGCAAAAAAAAUAUUUAAUAGAAUAUUUUAUGUGUAGGCAUAUAAAUGAUAAUGUUUU